CCUCGAAUGGAAUUUACAGAAAUAGAAUCAACUAGACUUGGCGAUUUACCAUGUAAAGAGGAAGAAAGAAGGAGUCAGAAGGUUUCCACUUAAAGGGAACUGAAAGGCACCCACACGCCUUGGCUGGAUUCCCGGUGAAUGAAGCAACGGCUAAAGUCUCAGUGAGAACACCCGCAGGCAGCCCGCCCCACGGACAGGGAAGCACGAAAGUCGCCGGCGCAUCCCCGCCCUUUCACUUCCGGCCCCGGCGCCCCGCCCCCAUGACGCUAACACGCCGCGCCGUCGAGUUGCGUCAUCUCGGCGCGCCGCCGCUUGGCUCUUCAGUCAGGCAGACCAUGGCGGAGGUUGGCCGAAAGGCGGUGUGCGACCCCGGGGCUCUGCUCCCGGGGGGCUUCUGGGAGGCGGUGGGCGUGUGGCUGGAGAGGCCGCAGGUGGCCAACAAGCGGCUGUGUGGCGCCCGCCUGGAAGCCCGGCGGAGCGCCGUCCUGCCCCGGGCCGAGGCCGGAGGCCCCCGGACGAGCGCAGGCCCCCAGCUGGGCACGGCGGGGCGCGUCCCCGAGGAGUCCCGGGGCCGGAGGGCAGCAGCCACGGCGCCUCUGCUCGCAGGGGCCCCCGGGCAGCCCGGCAAGGCUGGCGUCGAGGAGGGCGACGUGCCCGCCUCGGAGCUGGACUCUCUCUGGAGCGAUUUUUCCCGAAGCCUCUGCGGCAAUCGGGAGAUGCUGGCCUUCCUCGCCGGCUCCCGGGCGGGGUCGCGGCCGGAGGCGCAGCACGAGCUGGACGUGGUUCUCAGAACCGUCAUCCUGAAAUCGAGCCCGCAUCGCCCGCUUCUCGCUCCGACGAGGGAAAUGGUCGUGCAAGAUGUCCUCAAUGGAACUGUAACUUUUUUACCUUUGGAAGAUGAUGAUGAAGGGAAUUUAAAGGUCAAGAUGAGCAAUGUGUAUCAAAUUCAGCUCAGUCGUUGCAGAGAAGAAUGGUUCAUAUCCGUUUUAAUUUUCUGUCCAGAAAGAUGGCAUCCAGAUGGAAUUGCUUAUCCCAAACUCACCUGGCUUGGGGAGGAGUUGCUGACCAAGCUGGCCAGGUGGUCUGUGGAGAGCGGGAAGAGUGGGUUUAAAAGCACCCUGUCCCUCAUCUCCGUGCUGAAGUACAGCAGGGCCUACUGGGCGCUUAAGGAGAAAUACAAGGACAUGGUCAAGGUGUGGCCUGAAGUAACUGAUCCUGAGAAGUUUGUGUAUGAAGAUGUGGCUAUUGCCACCUACCUGCUGAUUCUAUGGGAAGAAGAAAGAGCUGAGCGGGGAGUGACAGCUAAGCAGUCCUUUGUUGACUUAGGAUGCGGAAAUGGUCUUCUGGUCCACAUCCUGAGCAGUGAGGGGCAUCCAGGCCGAGGGAUUGAUAUCCGAAGAAGAAAAAUCUGGGACAUGUAUGGACCACAGACUCGCUUGGAGGAAGGUGCAAUCACACCAAAUGAUAAGACCCUUUUCCCUGACGUUGAUUGGCUAAUUGGUAACCAUUCGGAUGAACUAACCCCGUGGAUACCUGUCAUUGCGGCCAGGUCUUCCUACAACUGCCGCUUCUUUGUCCUUCCCUGCUGCUUCUUUGACUUUGUUGGGAAGUACCAGCGGAGGCAGAGCGGGAAGACCCAGUACCGGGAAUACCUGGAUUUCAUUACGGAAGUGGGCUCGACCUGUGGAUUUCACGUGGAGGAGGACUGCCUUAGGAUUCCUUCUACCAAGAGAGUUUGUCUCGUCGGGAAAUCCAGAACAUACCCCCCCUCCAGAGAGCUGUCCCUCGAUGAGCAGAGGACCCGGUACAUUAACAGCAGGCGGGGCUGCCCUUUGGGCCCACCUGGCCGGGAGCCUGCCCCUGCUUCCCCCCAGGCUGCUGCCAGCAGUGUCCAUCACCCCGGUGGCCACGGAGCCCUGCAUGGCGCAGCUGGGCACACGCCUGAGGCCCGGGCCUCCGAACUGUGGCUGCUUGGAUUUCAGCCCAGAGAGAAAGCUCAGCGCAGAAGGAACUGUGCUGCCCUCCCUCGAGACUUUGUUGACCAAGUGGUGUUGCAAGUGGCACAUUUGUUGUUAGGUGGGACGCAAUUAACAGGAAGUUCUCCGAGUGGCACUUUGAAGACCUGGAAUCGAGGAGAGAGCCUGUCCUUGGCUGAGGUAGCCAGUGAGCUGGACAGGGAGACUCUGCAGAGGCUGAAGCGAGAAUGUGGAGGCUUGCAGACGCUGCUUAGAAACAACCAUCAGGUGUUCGAAGGUAAAGCGUUCUGGACGGGAGAGUUCACAUUCGCGACUGGAGAGAACAGAAGCCACCGAAGAAAAAGCAACCGGAAGCAAAACGGAAACUGGUCCCUGAAGCUUUCAAAACCCGUGUCUGCUGGUUUUUCAUGCAUCACCCUGACGGUUGUGCUCUGCCUUCACCCUGCUGCCCGUUCGCCCACGGGCCUGGGGAGCUGCGGCCGUCACUGACUGCCAGGACGGAAGAGCGGGUCUCGUGAGCUGCUCUGCCCUGUGAGCAGGGGCCUGGUGCUGGGAGGCCAUGCCGGAGGUGUCCCGGCUCCUCGGAGCCCUGUGGCUUCUGUGCUCGUGGGGGCUCCACCGGCUUCUGUCUGCUGUCCUCCACAUCACCAUGGUAUCGUGGUCAUGUGACACAGACAUGAGCAGCUGGAGCCACUCUUGCCCCACCCCUUUGCGUGCUGGGGUGUCUUAGAUUAGGCCCUCUAUCCUGUGUUCAGCAGCAUCUUAUCAGAAAGAGAGUGGGAGAGUUCUUACAGCAACUUGGAGUUUGGAAGACAUAGGAAGUGCUUGACUGGCCUUUCUGGGCGCCAUUCUGGCUUCUGGACGCUUCGAGUUCGGGGUGUGAGAAGAACAGGGUACUCCGAGAGGUGAGCCGUCCUGCCAGCAACUGGCCGACUGGAAUCCUGCCGCUCCGGUGCUCACCGCCCUCUUCCUGCCCUGCUCUAGCUCUCCCCACAGGCACGUUAAUUCUUUUCAUUCCAGGAAAAAAAAGUCCUAAUGUAUUUCUCUGUGAAGUUAUUUUUUCACUUCAUUCAGAAUGCCGCCUCCGUAGAUUCUGUGUUGCCCUGGUUUUCCGUGGGGGCGUCCUGGCGACCUUUAGUUGUGUAGUUCCUGUGGUGCGGGUAUUCUUAGUUCACUCCAUGUAAUGAGAGUAAACUCAUUCCUUUCUGUGGGAGGCGCCCAGCUCGGUGCUGCACUGCUGGCGCUGGGGCUGGGGCUGCCACAGGGCUCGAGGCCCUGCCCUCGGGAAGCCCCCUGCCGGCUGGGGCCCCCAGAUCCCAGGCCUCCCACACCCAUGUGGUGGCUGUGGCGUUUACCACUCGCCCAGCCCCUCCCUUGCACGAGGCUGCAGAGAUGCCACUCUAGCCACAGUUGGCUUGCCUCUGCAGAUGGAGCUGUUCUGACCAGCGAGGCAGGAGGGAACUGCUGGGGUUCCUGGGGGCGAUGUCUUUGCUGUGGAGCCCCCUCUUGCCCUGGCUGCUGCCAUUGCAGGGGAUGCCUGGUGUAGGAAGCCGUGAGUGGCAGAGCAGAAAGAUGGAGGGGGCAGGUUCCCUGACGUCCUGAGCCACUGGGUUAGCCAGCCCUGGAGCUGCACCUCCCCACCUCUGACCUCUGCCGUUCACAGAGGUGAAGCAUCUUCCCUGGGGAGCCAGGGGGCCGAGGUUUCCUGUUACUUGGUGCCUAGCACAUCUGGGACUAUCCCUUCAAGACAAGCCCUCUGGCCUCCCUAUCCUGGGAGCAGACCUGGGGCCGCCCGCUUCUCCUUCCUCUUGGAAGGGGAGCAUCUCCUGAAGGAUGGAGUGGGAGCCCCAGGCCUGCCUAGGCCCCCUGCAUGUGCAGGGUGUGCAGCCUGGUGGACCACGCCCAUGCGCACCUGCUUUCCUUUUCCAGCGUGACUCACGGAGACGUGCUGCAGUGGGCACGGACGCCUGGCUCUGUGAUCAGUACUCCCGGAUUUAAAACCCAGCUCCAGAGCUGCCUGUCCUGGGGCACACGGGGUGGCCCUUGGUAAAAUGAGCUGUUCCCCAAGUCUUGGGACAGACAGUUUGCCCUGAAAAGCCCCAAGGAUACAUCCUAGUUGGCGUCAGCAGGGGGUGUUAGAUGAUCUCGGGUCUCCUGGACACCUCUGGGAGACACCUGCCCCAGCCAGUGGUCAUGGUCUCUGCCCAUCUUGGUGGGGUCCUGCCAGGCUGAGGGGACUUGCCUAUACCCCACCAGGAUUGCAGAAAUGGCCUUGGUAGGCCGUGUCACUGGAUCCAACUUCUGAGUUCCAGGUACCACUUCUCACUGGCCCCUAGCACCACCAUGCCCCCUGCCCAAAGGUCAUGGUAACGUUGGGCAUCACGCGCCCUGUAGCAUUGUAGCCGUGCACCACGUGUCUGUGCAUGUACACGGCCAAGUGAGUGCUCACCAUGGCAGCCUGGCUGUGGCCUGCCCGGGGAACUUGCCGGGGGACGGCUCUGAGCUUGGAGCAUCUGAUGUGGAAAGUGGGACCUCGUGAGUGCCUCACCGAGCCAGGCGGGCAGCAGGGCUUGCAGCAGAUGGCCUCUGUGCCCGGGCAGCCCUGCCUAAGUUGCGUUUCCUCCAGAGACCUGGGGAGCCCCGCGGGCUCAUAUGUGUACUGCCCAGGCAGCCCCUGCCCUUUCCCAGAGCCCUGUCACCCCGUCUGCUGCAGACGAAAUACUUGGGGAGCAGAGUGGUUACUGUAGGGACCGGUCUGACACCAGCUGGAGUUGGUCAGGGUUGGCAAGAUAGGAGGUGACCGCUGUGUCCUAAGGGCUAGGUGGACUUUCACCCAGUGGCUGGUGGGAGGUACAUUUAGAGGCCACGGGCUGAGUCAUUGUCUGGUGCUAGGAGUAGGGAGGCACCCAGAGGAGAGGGUUCUGGGGGAUGGGCAAGGGAGUGACCUCAGGUCACGUGCGUGGUACAUCUUCCACUUGCCCUCCAGUGUCUCUCUGUCCUCCACCCUCCGUGGCUCUGGCUGAGGGGAUCCACUCCCACCUCAGAGGUGACCCCCUCCCCCCAUCUCUCCUCAUGAAAGACCCCGUCACCUCAGAGGGGACCAGGAGCUGGGGCUGUGCUUCUCCUUCCCAUUGACCUGCUCCUGGGGUGGCUGCCCACCGAGGGUCACCAUGCAGGGCCGCUACUGCCACAGUGCGAACAAACGUGGUCCCUGCAGGAAGGCCCCGUCUGGGUGAGUGUGCCUUAAUGCAUCCAGCUCAUUUCUGGUGUUUCUUGCAGGUUCUGUCAUUAGGGGAAGAGGCUGCUCGCAAGGAAGUGCAUUACGAGUGGGCGAGCCGCGGAGUUUCCCAGCUCCUGGCUCCCCUCUCAUCACUGUGGGCUUUUUUACCCUAGCUCAGUCUAGUGCGGGAGACAGAACUUUUGGGAGGCCCUGGACCAGGAGAGGCUGGGUUGGCCUGCAAAGAUUGCUCCCAUCUGGACAGGAGGUGAGUGCUGCCUGCCACUCCCUCAAGUCCUGUUGCCUUGGACAGUAUAUCUGCAUUGUUACAUUUAAGCCUCACCACCUUGUGGGGUGUCCGUGAUCUGGUGCCACAGGAAGCAAACCAAGGCUCAGAGGGGUUGAGUGACUUGCCCAAAGUUGCACAGUUAGCAACUUCCAGAGUCAGGAUUCAAACCUGGCACUGCCACCUCCCAGGAGGCUCUUUCCUGGCAAGGCCCUUGACCAGAGGGGACAUGUGGGAGUUAAUUUGGGCGUGCAUUUAUUUCUCACCUUCCAGUGAGGGUAGAGAGUCCUGCCCUCCAGUUGUUGGUGAUGAGUGAAGUGUGCUUUCAAAAUGAAUCCGUUUCAAUAAAACAAGUCAGUUUAGUACAAAAUAUUAAACAGGUGAUUGUUUAGUUGGUGCGUGCAGGGGGCCAACGUCACAAAGAUGGUACCUGAAUGAUCCCAGUUUGGACGUCACUGCCCUCUAACUUCUUCCAGAAUGAAGGUCAGACAGCAUCCACGUCUCACCGUGUUGAUCACAGAAACCCCGCCCUUGUUUGCCCUCCGCUGGGGGCUGCAGGGGCUGCGCCUCAGUUUCCUUGUUUGUCAGACCUUGAGGAUGCGACAAAGAGGAAAGGGGUUACAGUUGUUACUAACAGAAGAGCUUGUCCUAGACGAGCUGCUCCGUGAGCACUGGGAGCCAGAACCCUGUGCCGUGAGAUUCGAAGGAGACGACCACCACAUCUGUUCUCCCAUCCUGAUGGCCAACCUCCACUUCUCAAAACCUGAAAAUCAUCCUCAGCUCCAUGGACGAAUCCCAGCUGCUUCCCUUAGCGGCCGGCUAGCUCAAGCUCAUCUCCCCGCACUUGCUCUGACCCCUCAAGACUUCAGCUUGGACCGCUGCUUGUUCCUGAACCCUCCAGACCUGCGCAGCCCCGUGGAACCUUCUGCAACGGUGGGAGUGUUCCAGAUCUGCGCUGUCCAAUGUGAUAGACACUGCACUGGCCACUUGAGAUGUGGCUGCUGAGACUGAGGAACUGAGGGUGUAAUUUUAUGUAAUUAUGAUUGAAAUUCAAAUAGCCACAUGUGGCUGGUGGCUAACACAUUGGACAGAGAGAGCUCUAGACCGCCGCUGCUCAGAGUGUCGUCUGACAAUCAGGGUUAGCCUCGCCUGGGCAUUUGUUAGAAAUGCAGAAUCGUGGGCCCCCCGCCCCGGCCUGCUGAUCCGAAUCUCUGAGCUGGGCCCCAGCCCGCUGCAGCCCCCUGUGUUUACCGCUCUCUGGGUGGGGUCUGGUGCUGGGGCUGGGGAGGUGCUGCUGCGGUGCGCUGCACACCUCAGCCUUUUCACAUGCUGUUCCCUCGGCCUGGAAAUGCUUCUCUCUCUUCUCUGCUUAGCACAGUCCUGUUGUUCAGAAUCCAGGUAAAGCCAGCUCUUGGGGAGGCCCUCUCCGUUGGCCCCUCUGCCGCACCGGUAGGAUGGCGCCGUCAUGCUGCGUCACCGUCUUUCGUUGAACGGUCUGUCCCCGGGAGCGCCUCGGGUGGGAGUGACCCUGGUCCUCCCUGUGUCCAGCCAGGCGCAGGCUAUUUCGGAUGCUCAGAACUGCCUGCUGAGUAGCCCCCGGCCUGGCGAGGUCUGCGCUGCUGCCGGUGGCCUCUUUUCUGCCCUGGCACUUUGCUUUGGAAUCAGGGUUUUGGUCUUUGGAAAUCCUUAUGGCCAUUGGGAGGGUUCAAGUCUUAAAUUUCCUUUCAAGGGCUAAUUUUUUUUUUUUGCUCCUUUUUUAAGAGUAUAGAUUUUUCGUUUAGUUGGAAGAGUCAGGAAAUGCAGAUGUUGCUGUGGAUGGUUCAUAAUUCCCCGAGGGGUGAACUUGUUGAAUCCGUCUUGAAAGUGGGGGCCCUCAGCCAGGACCACGGCUGCUGACACAGGCGGAGGCGGGGCACGGGCUUCUGUGUCAGAGCGGUCCCCGCAGGUCCUGACGCCUGGACUCAGCAUUCUCCCUGCCUGUGCGAACGCCCUCCCUGGGAGCUGCUGGGCCUGGGGCAGGCCCUGAGGGAGGGGUCAGGGCUGGGAUCCUGGCCGCUGGGCAAGAGGGGUUGCCUCCGAUCCCACCUUGGGUGGGUGCUUCCAGCCCACACGGCUGCCCCGGGCCCUGGCUCCGUGAGUUCAGUGGGGGCUCGGUUCUCCGUCCUCAGGGCCCAGGGCCCCAGCUCCCGCUGCAGGCCCUUCCUCAGUCCCGGAACCCAGCCUCUGAGACUCACCCCAUAGGCCACACUGGGCAUUAGCAGCCUGCUGCACCAAGCCGGCUACCAGGCAGCGGGGCAGAAGCGGGGUGCCAGGAGAACCGAUUCAGGGUUGGGAGAACAACAAAACCAGCCCAAAAGAUGUGGGUGUGAAUGUGGCCUCAGCCUCUUUGAGCUGCAUGGCCUUGAGCAAGUUACGGGAGCCUCAGUUUCCCCUCUGUAAAAUGGGAAUGGUGACGUCUGCCACAUGGGGCGAGAGACUCGCAUGUCCACCCAGUGCAGACCCUGGUGUGUGGGAGGGCAGGCCCAGUCUCCCUCCACCUGAGACGCUUGAGCCCUUCAGCCGGUAGAAGUCAACUGACCUCAGCCCCACUCGCUGCUGCCCCUCUGGGCCAGGCUCCUGCUGGGGACACGGAGGAGCCUCACGCCUGGCCUGGAUCUUGAGGACCCCGAGCCCAGCAGGGACCUCAGCCGUGCCUAAGCACUGUGCCGGGAGAGAGGAAGGCAGAUUCCGGGGGUCCGGGGGGCGCUGGGCCUUGCUGAGGAGGCAGGGAGAUGGGAGGAGGAGACGCAUAAGGGUGUUUCAAAUGAUGAUCCAUGGUUGGGGGGGCGGGGUGUGUUCCAGGCAGGGAACAGCACUGGCCAAGGCACAGAGACAGGCAGGAAACGGCUGGGUGCAGGCGGUGGGUGAGGUGGGCACGGGGUCAGGCUGCAGGACCCACAGGUGCUCACACCUGCCACCUGCUGCUGCUUCCUUCCGGGACUCCCUGCCCUCCUGCCCCAGCUUGCCGACGCCCUAGACAGGCUGAGUCCCCACUUCUGGGGCCCAUGGUAGCAUCUCCUCACAGGCCUGGCGAUGAGGUCAGGGCCUUACCUGCUCAGCCACUGGGGCCCCGGCCCCGUGCUGUGGUCACUCAGUGAGGGUUCACCUCACAGAACCCUUGGAGAGAGGCAUCUUCCAAAGGCAGGCUUGCUCUCCUGAUGCUGCAGAGUGGUGCUGACACCUUCUGAAGGCACCAGACUGUCUCCUGGGCCACAGAACUCCGUCCCGAGGACAAGGUUCCCCCACUGCUUCUCUCCCACACCCUUGGCUGCACCAGGAGACAUGGCCGCGAGGAGGGGUCUGGGGGACAGGCAAAGGGAGGGGGGCUCAGAAGGCACCCUCAUGCACACACCCACCCCAGAGAUGUCCAGGGUCCUUGCCCUCCGUGAAGCCACCUCCUGGGUCUGCUCCAACCCCAGCCUAUGCCAGGCCAAGGAGUCCACGGGGCUCUGUGCUGGAAGCUUCUUCCUACAGAGGAGACACUGGCCAUUCUGUCCCUCUGUGACCCAUAAGCAAGGAUGCAGGUGACAGACGGCUCUCUGUGGGGCGCUUGGAGAACUGGCACUGCCUGUCAGGUCCUCAGACGGUGAGAAGCAGGUGACUUUUCUCAUCACCCUUUUUGCGAGGGCUGCUAGGAAGCUCAGAAGCAAGUUGUUCUUUAUGGAAACAUCAGUGGUAUAAAGUGUUAACAGCAGCCCCACAGCUGCUCACUGCAGCCAGCUCUGCCCCGCAGCAGGUGCGCUCAGGCCAGUCUCAGGCUUCCCAAGCCUCUGUCGCGUCGUCUGCAGAAUGGGCUCAAGAGAAACAAGCUCACAGGACUGUUUGGGGAAUUAAAUGAGAUAUUUUGUGA